CUCUGGGUAGGGAGGUAUUUCUUAAAAGCCUUAUUCACCAUCAUUACAGCAUGUUGCCCAUGACACCUCCUUCCCCUUUUAGUUCUGGUCCACCAGCGGGGACCGGCUGAAUGAGGAAGUGAGAGAGUGACAGUGAACAAAAGCAGAAGGGGCUGGAGGAUGCAGGAGCGGAGACCGUAGUUGGCGCUCGCUGACCGGCCGGGCCCAGGGGACCCGCGCGAGGGGGAAAAUGCACCUGCUGCUGCUCUUCCCCCUCCUCUUCCGGCUCUCAGGCUCAUCAGAUUCAUCAGAUGUCACAGGUCCCAAAGCAGUGAGUGGCCCUGAGCAGGGCUUGCUGACCGUGCAGUGUCGCUAUGACCCAGGGUGGGAGCCCUACGUGAAGUACUGGUGUCGAGGAGCUGCGUGGAAUGAAUGCAAGAUCCUUGUUAGAACCACGGGAUCAGAGUGGGAGGUGAAGGAGGACCGUGUGUUCAUCAGGGACAAUCAGACCACCCACACGAUCACUGUGACCAUGGAGAAGCUGAGGCGGGAGGAUGCAGACACUUACUGGUGUGGGAUUGAGAGAACUGGAGCUGACCCUGGCGCCCCAGUUAAAGUGGCCGUUGGCCCAGGCUCAGCAGCUGUCAUCACGGGUCCACGAGAAGCUAGAGGCCCUGAGCGGGGCUGGCUGACCGUGUGGUGUCACUAUGACCCAGGGCGGGAGCCCUACGUGAAGUACUGGUGUCGUGGAGCUGAUUUCAGGAACUGCACAGUCCUUGUUAGAACCACGGGAUCAGAGCUGGAAGUGAAGGAGGACCGUGUGUCCAUCAGGGACAAUCAGACCACCCACACGUUCACCGUGACCAUGGAGAAGCUCAGGCGGGAGGAUGCAGACGCUUACUGGUGUGGGAUUGAGAGAACUGGAGCUGACCCUGGCGCCCCAGUUAAAGUGACCGUUGGCCCAGGCUCACCAGCUGUCAUCACGGGUCCAGGAGAAGCAAGAGGCCCUGAGCAGGGCUCGAUGACCGUGCAGUGUCGCUAUGACCCAGGGUGGGAGACGCACGUGAAGUACUGGUGUCGUGGAGCUGAUUUCAGGAUCUGCAGGAUCCUUGUUAGAACCACGGGAUCAGAGCAGGAGGUGAAGAAGGACCAUUUGUCCAUCAGGGACAAUCAGACCAGCCGCAUGUUCACCGUGACCAUGGAGAAGCUGAGGCGGGAGGAUGCAGACACUUACUGGUGUGGGAUUGAGAGAACUGGAGCUGACCCUGGCGCCCCAGUUAAAGUGGCCGUUGGCCCAGCAACAACUACAGUGUCGACCACCAUCCCCACCCCCACCACGUUCACAGCACCGGUCGCCACAGAGGUCCCUACAAGCUCCCGCAAUAUGAGCAGCCUGCACCCCGAAGGCAGGUCCCUGCUCAGCAGCGUCCACUUCCUGCUCCUGGUCUUCCUGAAGCUGCCGGUGUUCCUGAGCAUGCUGGGGGCCGUGCUCUGGGUGAACCGGUCUCAGCGGGGCCCUGCGGGGGGCGGGCCGCCCCGUUCUGAGAACCAGUAGCCCGCAUGGCCAUUGACGUCUUGUGUGAACGAAAGAGCCUCAAGGGGAAGGAAAAGCACUUUUGUUAUGAAAUGAUUGUGGUCAGCAGGGCCGGUGCUUCUAGAGACAGUGUGGCCCUGUCUCAGGACACAGGACCCAGUCCCUGGGCACCCAGGGCUGUGAUGCUGGGCCUGUGGGCCUGGCUCUGGGGUCCCCUUCUCCACUCCCAGGUCCUUCCUUCUUGCUGAGGCCACAGCGCAGCAGGAGGGACAAAGAGAUCAGCAGAACAAGGGGCCAUCCCCGGGGCCCAAGGCCUUGAGUACCGGGUCUGAUCUCAGCCCCGAGAGCCCCUGCUGGCAUAGAACUGACUCUCGUUCGGACGGGGUUCAGGGCUCUUGCCCACUUGGGGUCACAAUUCUUGACCCGGGAGUAGAAAAACGGAACCAGACACCGAUGACGUGCCCACCAGCACUGAGGGUCUGAAUGCUCGGUGAACAGAAGACUCUGGAGUUCUUCUCCUGCUGCUUUUUGCGUCUUGUGAGGCAGGACGCUCUGGCGCCCACUCCGCCUGUCAUCUCCCGGACGUGCACGCGCGAUCUUGAAACUGAUUUCACAUCCUCAUUUGGUCUCCGCAACCCUUCUUGUCAACAUCCGUAAACGUUCUUGUUUUGAUAUGUUCCACGUGGCUGCCCGUGUUGUUUUGGGGUCAUGCGGAUACCCACGUAUUUUGCGGACUGAGGUGUGGUCCGUUAGACAGUCUCUGGAGCCAAGGCAGCCUUGAACCCAGGGAGGCCGGGAGGGACGAGCCUGGAGGCGGGUCCUUACCCUCUCAGGAGCGGGACUGGGGUUGCUCCCGUGGUCAGAUGGAAGCUUUUGCUGGUGGGUAAUUGGGGAGGAGGGAGGGCGCCAGCAGGAGCUGCUUCAUGAAGACAAAACGAUGCACGAAUUCUUCCUCUCAAGUUCCCUCCUGAACUUGAACAUCUGGCAGCUUCCAGACCAAAACAAGAGGCCACUAGAGCAAAGGGACAGGCGACCAGGCCAGUGAAACAGCAGGAGCCCGGGCCAGAAGUGACGGUGCAGGACAUGGCGAGGGGAGACCCGGUCCGCGGGGGACCCUGCUCACCCCGCUCGGGCCUCGACGCCCAUGCCCAGCUGCCCUCACCUGGAUGCCCUCUGCACUGUGCUUGGGCCCUGGGUGCGCCCAGGGGCAUCUUUUUUUUUCUUUUUUUUAGUUUUAACUGCCUGUCGACUCUGUGCCGCACACAAUGAGGACUCGGUGUGGCGUCCUCUGCCCACACCAUUCUUCCCAGACCCGAUUGUCAGACUUUUGCACUGAUGGUGCUGAUAGAAAAAAGUGUUUCUCUUCUGGAAACACUUGCCACAGUAGUUCAGUCUCUUUCCUAUUUUUAAACAUAGUCACCGUUCAUUGUAGCUUUUUUUUUUCAUUAUUUCAUCUAUUUCCUUGUUGGGAAAAUUUCAACAUGAUGUUUUUUCUAUUUUCCAAGGGCUCACAGGUGCCGUACUUCACAUGUGCUUGCGUACGUAGGAGUGUUCGUUGCCAAACACAACAAUCCUGGGAGUAAAACUCCCAGAAUGCCCCGCCCUUCCUGGGACCCUGUGGCGUGUCCUUCACGUCUCCUGGGACGCGGCACAGCCACAGCAGCUGAGGCUGCCGCCCUUCCCUUCACGCACGUGGCUUUACUCCUUCUGGUUGGACAUCUUUUCUGCUGUGAGCCCGGAAGAUUGUAUCUUUAUCUUGGAACCUCUGUAAUUUCAGAAUAUUCUAGGUGUGGAUCAUUAGGACCUUUCCCUGCCACCCCGCCCCCCAAGACACUGUGUGGAUUUUUAACAGCAGAUUAAAAGAUUUAU